AUGGACUCGACAAAGGAAGUUGUCCGUAAGCUAGCCAAGCUCAACAUCGACCCUUGCGCCCCAACACCAGGUCAAGAACUUAACACCUCCCAUCCACCCGGCCCAAAUCAAAGACCCGGCCCCUUUGAUCCUGCUUCCCAGGCAGGUUUCCAAACACAAAGCGGCAAACAAUUCAGCCUCAGCAACGACAAACAAACCAAGCCAGAACUCAUCGCAACUGCAACGGAGAGUCCCAAGAUCAUCCCUUUGCGCAAACCCUUUAGCAACAUUUCCCGUAACCUCGCCGAAAGUCUUGCCAAGGGCGUUAAGCCUCGCGAUUCUGACCGUCCGCAUACCACCACCAUCACCAAAUGUCGUGAUAGAUUGAGCUUGGGCGUUGUCGAAUCUCUCCGACGCGAUGUAUCUAAAGGGGUCAAGCGUUGGUUGAAGGAGAAGGAGAGACGUCAUGACGGCACAAGGAGGGCCAUGAGGGCCCAUAGAAGAGGUGCUUUCAGUGAGGGUAUGAGGAAAAGGCUGGGGUUGAAGUUGAAGAGGGAGAAGGCUAGCUUGGGGCAGUUGGAGGUGAUUAAGGAGGAAGAAGGGGAGGAGGAGGAUGUGAAGAUGGAAGAGGACGUGGAAAUGGAAGAGGAUACGGUUAUGGCGGAUUGA